AUUACCUAUCUUUAAUUCCUCUGCAUUCUUCUUUGAUUCCUUUACCUGCUACCUACCUACCUAGGUACCUAAGGUAUGCAUAGUAGAAAGAGAGAGGGGUAAGUAAGCCCUGGAGGUGUUGAAUAUUUCCAAAUUCCAAGACCACCAAGACCACCGAGCAUAAUAUGCACUGCCCACUGUCCACUGCCCAUGGGGGCUUAUUGCCCACAAUACCCACAAUCACUGCCACUUAUCCUUAAUCACUCCCUACUAGGUAGGGUAUUGGGCAUGGCCCUGGGGUUACAACUGAUUUCUUACGAUACCUAACUACCUAAAUUAACUAAUUCAUUCAUCAAUUCUUACACUCAUCUUUUUUUCAAUUCUUUUUUGGCGCAUUUGAGGCGUCAAUUAGUUCAACUUACAUACCAUUUCAUUUCAGCACAAAUCACAUUUUAGAAGCAUCUUUUAUAUCCCUUUAGCCAUACUGCGAUGAAGAAAAGUCGGUUUAUUCACCCACUUUCACAAUGGGCUUCACCGACUUGAGACGCCAUUUAAUGUCCUUCGUGGCUAGAGGCAACCAUGAAUAUACCCUCCUCCCUGGGAAUACCGCUCGCGGCCAUAUGCACAAACGCACAUCAAGAUGGGUCGAUUACAACGUGUGUGGCGUCAGGCUUACACUAUGUGCCCUUCUUUCCAUCAUACUCAUUGCAUUCUCUACGAGUUUUAUGGGAUCUAUCUCUACACAGAAAUGUACUGGCUACAAACAUGACCGCCACUGUAGAAAGGAGGUUUCUCAUUCUUGGGGCCAAUAUUCGUCCUCAUAUUCUGUCCCUUCCAAGAUUCCGGCAUCCAUUCCUGGGCACUGCGAGGUCACUUUUGCUCAGCUGCUCUCCAGGCAUGGAGCCCGCGAUCCAACGGAGCACAAAUCCGCAGAGUAUGGUGCCGUCAUUGAUCGCAUACAUGAUUCCGUGACAGACUAUAAAGGAGAACUCAAAUUCCUCCAGGAUUACCAGUACACCCUUGGCGCCGAUCAGCUGACGCACUAUGGCGAGCAGCAGAUGGUCAACUCUGGGGUCAAAUUCUAUGAGCGAUAUCAGCAUCUGGCUAGCACCAACUUACCCUUCAUACGCGCCUCUGGUCAGGAACGCGUCAUAGCCUCGGCAGUUAAUUGGACUCAGGGGUUCCAUCAAGCUCGACGGGUAGACAAGCAUUCCCACUCCCCGGACCCUUACCCGUACGAGAUCCUGAUCAUCCCCGAGGAAGAUGGGGUCAACAACACCCUGAGUCCCAAUCUUUGUCCUGCCUUUGAGGAGAGCAGACAUGAGAGCCACAACGAACAGGACACGUGGACAAAGUUAUUCUUGCCACCUCUCGCCGAGAGACUUAAUGAAAAUCUACCGGGUGCUAAUCUAACCGACGACGAAACCAUUUACAUGAUGGAUCUAUGCCCCUUUAAUACAGUAGCCGACGAUAAAGGAAAACUGUCCAAAUUCUGCAAUUUAUUCACGGUAGAUGAAUGGCGCGACUACGACUACUACCAGUCCCUGGGCAAGUGGUACAGUUUCGGUAAUGGAAGUCCGCUAGGGCCGACUCAGGGGGUCGGAUUUGUCAAUGAACUUCUGGCUAGACUGACGGGGCAGCCUGUCGACGACCACACCACCACCAACUCAACACUCGAUAGCUCUAAUUCCACAUUCCCCCUCGAUCGGAUCAUGUAUGCAGACUUCAGUCACGACAACGACAUGAUGAUGAUCUAUGCCGCACUGGGCCUGUACAACCUGACCGAACCCCUAUCAGGAACAGAAAGGACCAGUCCGCAGGAGGCUAAGGGGUUCUCGGCUAGUUGGGCUGUUCCGUUUGCUGCAAGACUAUACGUGGAGAAGCUGAGCUGCAGGGGAGAGGAAGAAGAGUACGUGAGGAUUCUGGUCAACGAUAGGGUCAUACCAUUGCAGGGCUGUGGUGCCGAUGAUUUGGGUCGUUGUACUCUGAGCAAGUUCGUCGAGAGUCAAAGCUUUGCUAGGAACGGUGGACACUGGGAUGAGUGUUUUGCAUGAUGCCUCUCUUGGCCGUUUUUGUUCAAUAGACUACCUGCUACAAUACCUAGAGUAAUACGUAAUGCUAGAACACUACGUCUCAAUAUCAUACUGAGGUCUCCGAUUAGCUUUGUUAUUAGAUUCGAUGUGGAUCAUAGCAGCAUACCUACCUACCUACAUUAGUACUUUACUUGAAGCACACCAACUGCAUACCCCUUAAAAGGACAUCAACGAUGUACGAAGGAUCGACUUUUACUCGGUCUACCUUUCUGCAAUAUAAUAGCGCAAUAAUAUGCUAAUAAUAUCCAUCAUCAACGGCAUAGCCGUCUAUCUUCUUGAUACGGCCCGAAGACAGAAGGGAAUUAUGUAAAAGAUGGUUAGAUAGUCCGGGGAGGUAAGGCAGAUUUUACAAAUUGAUGCAGAAAUGGUCAGAGAAGUAAGACACAACUAAGGCUGGGAAAUAGCACUUGAGGUGCAGUAACGUGAUCAACAAGUCUGAUAGGUUUGAAUAAACUCUUGGAGUGAGACAAAAGUAAGGUUAGAUGCUUUUGGGGGCGGCUUUGUCGGCAUGGAAUUCCCACCUGUGUACAUGUAGGUAACGAUA